CAACAAUCAAUUAUUAUGCUUUGCAAUCUGAAAAUCCAAAACACAUAGAAAAAAAGAAAAAAAAUGGAUGAGACCAAGAUCCCAAAGAAACUGCAAAGCGAUGACGAAGAAAACAUAAGUUUGAUUUCUUCACUUCCCUUUGACGUAGAUUUCGACAGCACGAAGCUCUUCAAAUACCAAGGAUGUUGGUACGACGACAAAACUCUGCAAGGAGUCCUCAAUUUUCAAAGAGGUUUCGAGCCACAAGACACCGAUAUAAUUAUUGCUUCGUUCCCCAAAUCUGGCACUACUUGGCUCAAAGCUCUCACGGUAGCUCUCCUCGAGAGAUCCAAACAGAAACACUCUUCUGAUGAUCAUCCUCUUCUACUUGAUAAUCCUCAUGGACUGGUACCAUUCCUCGAGCUCAGGCUGUUCACUGAGACCUCGAAACCAGAUCUGACCAGUAUCUCAUCGUCGCCGAGGUUAUUUUCGACUCAUGUGGCGUUCCAAACGCUGCGAGAGGCUCUCAAAAACUCUCCUUGUAAGAUCGUUUACGUGUGGAGGAACGUGAAAGACGUACUGGUGUCGUUUUGGUAUUUCAACAGCGCAAAACUAAAGAUAGAAGAGGAGAGAAGCAUUUUGGAUUCAAUGUUCGAGUCCUUUUGCAGAGGAGUUAUCAAUUACGGACCAUCCUGGGAACAUGUCUUGAACUAUUGGAGAGCAAGCUUGGAAGACUCCAAGAAUGUGCUUUUCUUGAAGUACGAGGAGUUAAAAACAGAACCUCGCGUGCAGCUGAAGAGACUUGCCGAGUUCUUGGAUUGUCCUUUUACGGUGGAAGAAGAAGAGAGGGGAUCAGUGGAAGAGAUCUUGGACCUUUGCUCAUUGCGUAACUUGAAGAAUUUGGAGAUCAACAAGACCGGAAAAACGCUUAGGGGGGCCGAUCACAAGAUUUUUUUUCGUAAAGGGGAAGUCGGUGACUCGAAGAAUCAUCUGACUCCUGAAAUGGAGAAGAUAAUUGACAUGAUCACUGAGGAGAAAUUUGAAGGUUCGGAUUUGAAAUUCUGAGAUAUGUGUAUUCUAUGUUUUCUUUGAUGUUCAUUGUUCUUUUCUUCAUUUGUGAUUCAUGAUGUCUAUCUAUCAUGCAUUCGCUUCUACUCUGGUGUAAAAUUCGGUUUCAUUUACCUAAGA